UUUAAAAAAAAAAAAGAAAAGAGGAAAAGUUAAAGAAAAAAUGUAGGAUGAUCGUACCUGAACAGCAGAGCAUUAGCUUAGAUGUUGUGGAUUUAGAGAAUAAAGCAUAGCAGAGAGAGAGAGAGAGAGAGAGAGAGAGAAAGGGAUAUGGGUGUGCUGAACAACGCAGUGGAGAGAAGUGAGAUCAAGCCCGGAGACCACAUCUACACCUACAGAGCUGCCUUCACCUAUACUCACCACGGUAUCUUUGUUGGGGAUAACAAGGUGGUCCAUUUUAGUCCUGACACAAAUUCAAAUUCAAGCACUUGGAUAUGUUCUGAUUCUAGCUUAUGUAAUAAGUCAGGAGUGAUCUGCUCUUCCUAUCCCGAAUGUGGAUUCAGGCAACCCAACAGUGGUGUUCUCCGUUCUUGCCUGGAUUGUUUCCUUGGAAGUGGAUCUCUGUAUCGUUUCGAAUAUGGAGUUACUCGAACAUUUUUCUUUGCUCAGGUGCGGGGUGGCACAUGCUCCAUUGCAAAAUCAGACCCACCAGAACAAGUUAUCCACCGAGCAUUGUAUCUUCUUCAAUAUGGAUUUGGCAAUUAUGAAGUCCUUUCAAACAACUGCGAAGACUUUGCGCUUUAUUGCAAAACUGGUCUUCAGGUAGUAGGCGGAAAGAAAAAAGCUGGAGGUCAAGCCACUUCCUUCCUUGGUGCCCCAUGGGCUGCCUUUGUUUCUUCUCCUCUCAAGUGGCUAGUACCAAAUCCUGUUGGUAUUGCUACGGUAACGGCUGGGUCCGUCUUGAUGUACUGUACGAUGAGGUAUGCAAAUGAUUUUGGCGUUCGAGAUGAUGUGAUCAAGGUUGCAGUGGAGGACUUGGUUCAGAACAUGGGCUGGGAAGCCCAUGAGGCUUAUUUUCUUCAAAAGAAUGCUGCUGUAGUUCCGAUUCUUGAUGGAACGAAUUUCUUAGAGUGGUCUGAACAAGUUCAGUUUUACCUUGGUGUUUGGGAUCUUGAUUUGGCUCUUCGGACUGAGAAACCGCCUGCAAUUACUAAUUCUAGUAGUGCAGAAGAAAAGGCUAUAUACAAGUCAUGGGAGCGAUCAAACAGAUUGAGCAUUAUGUUUAUGCAAAUGAGUAUAGUGAAUAAUAUUAAAUCAACUCUUCUUGAAUGUGAUAAUGCUAAAGAAUUCUUCAACAACAUGGAAGAACGUUUUCGAUCGGUUGACAAGUCUCUUACAGGAACAUUGGUGGCUGAACUAACCACCAUGAAAUUUGAUGGUACACAUGGGAUGCAUGAGCAUAUCAUUGAAAUGACAAAUUUAACUACUAGAUUAAAGGCUCUUGGGAUGAAUGUGGAUGAGCUCCUUCUCGUGCAAUUUAUUUUCAACUCAUUACCUCCUGAGUAUGAGCUAAUUCAAAUUCAGUACAACACUUAUAUGGAUAAGUGGAAUGUAAAUGAAUUGACCAGUAUACUUGUUCAAGAAGAGGCAAGGCUUAAGCAACAAGGACAUCAUUCAGUUCACCUUGUAAGUCAAGGAGUCACAAAGAUUGAAGUACCUGAAGUUAAUGGACCUCCUCAAGUAAUUGAGGUUCAUGAAAAGAGACAAAACAAUGUCAUAGAGCCACCUCAAGUUAAUGGUCAUGAGAAGGGACAAAACAGAGUCAUAGAGCCACCUAAAGUUAAUGUACCGGUUCAUAAGAAGAGACAACACAUGAAUGUCCAAUGCUAUUUCUGCAAAAACUUUGGACAUUAUCAGAAAAAUUGCAACAAACGCAGGGCAUGGUUCGAAAAGAAAGGACUUCCUUACCAUCCAGACCUUGAACCCAAAUGAAAAUGAAGUUAAAGUUUCGGUUGUUGCCAUCAUAACCUUCGUUUGUUUCUAAAUACUUGUUGUUACAUAGAGUUUUUUUAGACCCUUUAUGUUUCUUCUAUUUCUCGAAAUUUUGUUUCUUUGUCUAAACUUAAUCUUAAUGGUUAUCUCAUGGUUGUGAUGGUUCGUAUAAAUGAAUUGUAUUAAACUGUUUGUGAUCGGGUUGUAU